AUGAGGGGCCUUGCAGCGGUCCUGGCUCUCGCCUCCGGACUCGUGGGACGCACAGCCCUCGCCAUCGAGGUCAACGUCGACGAUCAAGCUUCCAUCAAGACCGCCGCCAGCACCGCCGCGUAUGGCCUCAUGCGGUACUACACCGGCAACAACACAGGAGAUGUCCCCGGCAACCUGCCCGAUCCAUAUUUUUGGUGGACCGCCGGCGCCAUGUUUGGCACCAUCAUCGACUACUGGUUCCUGACGGGUGACAGCACGUACAACGAGGCCACCAUGCAAGCCAUUGUCCACCAGGCUUCCGACUCGGCCGACUUUAUGCCCAAGAACCAGACGAGAACAGAGGGCAACGAUGACCAGGGUUUCUGGGCCAUGACGGCCAUGAGUGCUGCCGAGAACAAGUUCCCCGAUCCGCCGUCGGAUCAGCCUCAAUACCUGGCCCUGGUCCAGGCCGUCUUCAACCUGUAUGCCCAGCGCUGGGACGAGCAGGACUGCGGCGGCGGCCUGAGAUGGCAAAUCUUCAGCUUCAACAACGGCUACAACUACAAAAACUCAAUCUCAAACGGCUGUUUCUUCAACAUUGCCGCCCGCCUGGCUCGAUACACGGGCAACAGCACCUACGGCGACUGGGCCACCAAGAUCUUCGAGUGGGAGCAAAAGGUCGGCCUCAUCAGCGACAACUUUGACAUCUACGACGGCAUCACGAUAGACUCGGACACGCAGUGCCGGAGGGUCAACACGGACCAGUGGUCGUACAACGCAGGCAUCUACCUCGAGGGAGCCGCCAUGAUGUACAACCUCACCAACAGCGACACGUGGAAGAAGCGGCUCGACGGCAUCCUCAAGGAAGCCAUGACGAGAUUCGUCAAGGACAACGUCCUGUACGAGCAGUUUUGCGAGGUCAACAAGCUCUGCAACCGGGAUCAGCAGAGUUUCAAGGGCUACCUCGCCCGAUGGUUUGCCGCCACAACAAAGCUGGCCCCGUACACGGCCGUGACCAUCAUGCCCAUUCUCAAGGCCACCGCCGACGCCGCCGCCUCGUCGUGCACCGGAUCGCCGCCCCCAACCGACUUCAAGGGCACGCAGGGGACGGCCUGCGGCUUCAGCUGGCUCGGCAAGAACUUUGACGGCCUCGUCGGUGUCCCGCAGCAGAUGAAUGCCGUCGCCGCCAUGAUCUAUCCGCUCACCAACAAAGCGUCUGCGCCUAAAACCUCCAAGACGGGCGGAACAUCCAAGGGAGACCCGAGCGCCGGCACCGGAAAGGAACAAGACCCGACGGAGCUGAAGCCCAUCACGACGGCGGACAGGGUUGGCGCGGGCUUCCUGACGCUGUUCCUAGUAGUGAGCACAAUAGGGGGGACGAGUUUCAUGCUCAUGUAG